AUGGCGGACGAGGAGGCCGAGCAGGACUACUGCGAUUCGAGCGGUGGUACUGCAGCGUUAAAGGCUCUUGGAGAGCGCUUGCAGACAUUGGCUGCAGCGCUAAAGGACAGCGAUGAGUCGCCAGCGCAAUCCUCAGCACAGUAUUGCCAAGCAUUCUGCCAGACACUGGUGGAAUAUGCAAAUCUCUGGAGGACUGAGGAAGAUCCUCUUCCACUGGUGGAAGUGUACAUGGUGGCCCUGCUGAGCUACGCACAAGCUUCUUCCUCUCUCUCCCCCCAGUGUGAACACGUCUCUCUGGUACUUGAACGGCUCUCGCUGAGCUAUGUGGAACUGCUGCUGUCCCUCCCAGAACAUGUCCCAAGUGCAUUAUGGGAGAAGUUUAGGUUGUCUGUGAAGACGGCCCAUACACUUUUACAGGAGAAUGGAAUCUCGCAGCUGCACAUGCUGUGUGCUCUGGCUCAGGAGCAAGGACCAUGGACCAACAGUUCACUACAGAGUAUUCUCAGCAAUGAGAUACUGGAGGUUGAAAGAGUUCAUGAGUUCCUUGCUCUUGAGGGACCAGUGCUACUUGACAUGCGAGUGAAGCACCUUAUCAAAGAAAACCGUGCUGAGAAAGCUGUGCUACUGGCAAAAGUGUGCUCAGAAUUUCCAGCAUUUGAAGGAAAAGGGUGCUUUAAGCAGAUGCACUUGCUCUGUUUGUGUACUGUUGGAGCACAGGAGCCAUUAAUGGAGGAGCUAUCAAAAGUGGACUGUCGAGAUGGUCUGGAGAUGAUUUGUAAUCUUGAGGCAGACGGAGAUGAGAAAGGAGCCUUCACAUUGUGCUCUGCCUUCCUGACCCGCCAGCUUCUGCAGGAAGAUACUUACUGCGCCUGGGAACUCACACUGUUUUGGAGCAAACUGCUGAGGCGGUUGGAACCCUCAGAGCAGAGGUACUUGGACAAGUGUAAGCAGAUGUCCUGUUUGUCGAAAACAGCGUUCCACAUCCUCUUUUUUAUCAAGGUCAUCCAGUCAGAGAUGGAGAACAUUGGACUUCCAACAUGCAUUGAGAUGUGUGUAAGAGCCCUUCAAAUGGACUCUUGUGAUGGAAACAAAAAGGCCACCAUUUGUAAGACCAUCUCCUGCCUGUUGCCCACAGACCUCGAGGUAAAACGAGCUUGCCAACUGACAGAAUUCCUCCUUGAGCCAACAGUUGACUCAUACUACGCAGUGGAGACUCUUUACAAUGAGCCUGACGGAAAGCCAGAAGAGGAAAGCCUGCCCGUGCCCAACUCGCUACGCUGUGAACUACUGUUAGUCUUAAAAACCCAGUGGCCUUUUGACCCUGAAUUCUGGGACUGGAAAACGUUAAAGCGUCAUUGCUUGGCUUUGAUGGGUGAGGAGGCAUCUAUUGUGUCCUCUAUUGAUGAGCUUAAUGAUGGUGAGAAUCCAGAGGAGCCUGUUGAAGAGGAUUCAGUCGCAGCUAAUGAUGAAUUCAAGGACGUCUCUGAGUGCUUUUGGGACACAACAAAUGAGCUCAAUGAAAUAGCAGAUGAAAAGCAGAAAAAGAGACAAAUAAAAAAAUUAAGGGAGAAAGGGUUUGUUUCUGCUAGGUUCAGAAAUUGGCAAGCAUACAUGCAAUAUUGUGUUUUGUGUGAUAAGGAGUUUCUUGGUCACAGAAUCGUUCGCCAUGCACAGACUCACUUCAAAGAUGGGCUUUAUAGUUGCCCAAUAUGUGCUGAGACUUUUGACACGAAAGAAACUCUGGAACCACAUGUUGCGUCCCAUGUAAAGCUCUCAUGCAAAGAGCGUCUAGCUGCAAUGAAAACUAGUAGGAAACUGGCAAAGACUGCUUCUUCUUCAAAGACUGCUGCUUCUGUGGCCGCAGAUUUAAAGUCCAAAACUGGUGUAAGUCAGGUUCGCAAACCCAAACUAAAGGACAGUUUUAAUGGGGACACGCUUCAACUUUACAGUGGAGACACAGCUGUUGAUUCUCAGACUGAAUUUCCUAGGAUCAAGAGAGAAAGCACUGAGGAGAAUGUAUGCCCUGUUCUAAAAUGCAGAAAAGGUUUUAAAUACUUCCGCAAUCUUCUCGCUCACGUGAAGGACCAUGGAGACAAUGAAGAGGCAAAGCGCUUCCUUGAAAUGCAGAGCAAAAAAGUGGUAUGUCAGUAUUGUCGUCGUCACUUUGUCAGUGUCAGUCACCUUAAUGAUCACCUCCAGGUACACUGUGGCACCAAGCCUUACAUUUGCAUACAGUUAAAUUGCAAAGCCAGUUUCCUCUCUAAUGCUGAACUACUUGUACACAAAAAAGAGCAUCCUGUCUUUAAAGCCAAGUGCAUGUUUCCUAACUGUGGUAAAAUUUUUCAUGAAGCCUACAAACUUUAUGACCAUGAAGCGCAACAUUACAAAACAUAUACAUGCAAAGUCCCCGGUUGUGGUAAAGUGUUUCAUAGUCAAGGUCAGUUAGAUUUGCAUAUGGAAGGACAUGUCACAAAGGAUGACGACAGCCAGACUACUGAGAACAAAAGUCUUCAACCUGUUGAAGAGACUGCAUACUUGACCAAUCAUGAGAUCCAGAGGGAUGAAGAACAAAAUUGUCUCAUGGAUGUCACCAUGCUGAAUUCACUGCCUGAAGUGGAAAUGUCUGGGCAUCCACUGGGCCCAGUAAAAGUGAAGCACUCAGUUGAGAGCAUGCUUAAUAAUACUGUCCCAGACUGUACCACUCAAGAGUAUCAGACAAAUACAGUUAAAUCUGAGCUUGAGCUCUCGGAUCCAGAGCCACCCAAUGUACAACACUCCACAUGUACAGAUAGGUCAGUGCUUCAACCUGCUGUGAGUCUUCAUAUGUCUCACCAAAGUCAACCCAGGACAGAGGAAUCUUUGAUAGAAGCUCUCUUGAGUAAUCAUGUUCCUCCAAGCUCAGUGACCUCAACAUCCUCCUUCCGGAGUGUUAUUGAAGAUUUUUUGCCAACUCCAUCUUCAGAUGUUUUGCAAAGUCAAAUUCAGACUACUGUUCCUCAAAGUCAGAUGCAGCCAGUGUACAGUGAUGGUAAUCCUGAGUUUAGGCAGUGCAUUCCCAAUCCCGGAGGCCCAAAGUCAGCACCAUCUCAAGGGUUAUUCUUAAAUACCAUGCCCCCUACUGGACAGGCCUCCUAUGAUACAAUGCCUCUUAUGGUUGGUAAUCUACCGGCUGCCUCUCAGAAAGCUCCCGUACAAGUAAUGCCUCAGCCACCAAAUGGGCACUGUGAAAAUAGAUUAAUGCAGCCUUCAUUGACAAACAUCCCAACCCAAUCAGAGGGAGCGAAAGAGAGGCAUAAAUGUGCAUUUGAGACAUGCACUCGAGACUACAGUUCAUACAGAAGUGUUACCAAGCACAUGAAAGCAGCCCACCCUGAGUUUUAUGUGCAGUGGAAACUUGCAAAAAAGAACAACAAAGUACCCAAAGGCAUAACGAAAUGUAUGUCUAUAUGUGGAAACCUCAAUUCAGUUGCACCUUCACAAAACCAACUGGGUAAAACCAAUCCCACUCCUGUUGUGCAGAUCCAGAAGGCUAUUGGCCCACCUCCACCCUACCCAACACCUUGCCAAAAUUCAAACAAUCCCCCUGUCUCCUCUCAUUCAGCAGUACUCACAAAUCAGACUUACUCCGGUCAAAUGGAAGAUAUGUUGAAUCCCAUUUUAUUCUCCCAGAUGGGAAGCACUCCGGAUCAGUCCAUAGCAAUGCAGUCACACACUGGACCUGACUCAACAUGGGGUUCAUCUCCAGGGAAUCAUAAUUCAGUUCUUCAUCAGCAGACUUGUCAUGCUCAACCAAUGACUCCAAACACAAACACACUUUCUGCUAAACCUUUUCACUCCUACACACAUAUAUCCACUCCUGACCAGACAGCUGAUGCUAAACUCAGAGAAAUGGGCCAACUCACGUUGCCGCCCCAAGAGACUUUCACCACUCAUCUCAUGAUGACCCAAGCAACUAAUGAAUACCUCCCAGCCCACAACACCAUCUUCAAAGUCCAAAUGUACUCUUGA